CAGGCGUACAUUCACGUCCUUGGUUUAAAGAAAAUAAACUUUUCUCCCCUCCUCACGACCCUCACUUCCCUAGAACAGCGGUCGCUCUUUCUCAGACUAAGUCAGGAGCCGAAUAUUAUCGAUAAAAUCGCCAGGUCGAUCGCGCCGGCUCUUUUCGGAAUGAUAGAAGUAAAGAGAGCGUGUGCUUGUCUCCUUUUCGGCGGCACAGCCAAAAUUAUAAAUGACACGACACGCAUUCGCGGAGACAUCAACGUCCUCCUUCUGGGCGAUCCCUCUGUCGCGAAGAGCCAAGUGCUCAAGUUUGUCUCGAAGUUGGCGCCCAUCUCCGUCUACACUUCAGGAAAAGGAAGCUCAGCAGCCGGUCUAACGGCAGCAGUCAUGAGAGAUCGUCAUGGCGUCUUCAGUCUGGAGGGGGGCUGCAUGUGCCUGGCGGAUGGAGGCGUCGUGUGCGUAGACGAGUUUGACAAGAUGCAGGAGCGAGAUGUGGUGGCAAUGCAUGAGGCCAUGGAGCAGCAGACCAUUUCGAUUUCCAAGGCGGGAAUAAAUACAGUCUUAAACUCGAGAUGCGCCGUUCUUGCGGCUGCAAACCCUUCAUUCGGCAGCUUCGACGACGCGCAAGACACGACGGAGCAGCACGAGUUCAAGGCAACCAUUCUCUCGAGGUUCGACUUGAUAUUCAUGCUGCGAGACAAGGACGACUACGAAAAGGAUACCCGCCUGUGCGAGCACAUCCUCAAUCUGCAUGCUCGCCGAGCAGAGCCACCUCAGCACGAGGAGGGGGAAAUCAUUCCCUUCGAAGUGCUCAGACACUACAUCCAGUUUGCUCGACAACAGCAGCAGCCCCUGCUCUCUCAUGAUGCCCGAGAUGCUCUGAAGAACUUCUACGUCCAAACCAGACAAGAAGUCAGAGAGGACAGGCGCUCUGUCACUCGGAAAAUUCCUAUUACGCUUCGUCAGCUCGAAUCCCUCGUCCGCAUAGCCGAGAGCUUCGCGCGGAUGGAGCUAGCGCCAAUUGCGCAGGCGUCUCACGUCAAGAGGGCUAUCGAUCUAUUCUCUGCAUCAACGGCAGAAACUGCGAAGCAUGCUCUCGUCUUCGAGUCUUUAACGCCUUUGCAGCAAAAGGCAGUCAAGCUGGCUGAGGAUGCGCUUAUGGGCCGACUGCAGCCCGGGCAGAGGGCUUUGAGGCGCAAUAUUGUAAGGGAUCUGCAGCAGCAGGGAUACGACAAGCUCGUUGUUCAGCGGGCUCUCUCCAUCCUUGUACGGCGCGGAGACCUCCAAGAGAGAGGGGACCGUUCCAUCAGGCGGCCUUAA